CGUCUGGCUCCCUGGUGGCGGUAGCACUUCCUGAAACACCUGGACAGGUGGACAACUACGGUGUUGAUCUACCUGUCGGGCUGUGGCGUGGGCAGGAUGAAAAUAGACCUCACCGGCAGCUUCUACGUUAAAAUUCAGCAUUAAAAUUCAUCAUCUGUGAUGGGUGACUCUAUGAAGACUCAGCUGGUGAGUGCCAUCUGUCUGCAGGAGGUAGAACUGCAUGAGAGACCUGCAGAGGACAAACAGGGUGGCGAGAACAACAACAACGCAGAUAAAACAUUUACUGUGGAAGAGGCUGUGGAGGAAAUCGGCUUUGGACGCUUUCACGUUAUGCUGUUUGUCAUCAUGGGCAGCUCCAACAUUGUGGAGGCGAUGGAAAUCAUGCUGUUAGCCGUGGUUUCUCCAGAGAUUCGAUGUGAGUGGCGUCUGGAUGACUGGCAGGUUGCGCUCGUUUCCACUAUGGUUUUUCUUGGCUUCAUGCUUUGUGGAGUUCUGGGAGGAUACAUCGCCGACCGAUACGGACGCUGGAAGGUGGUGUUCGGAGGCUUUGUGUGGAGUGCCUACUUUUCUCUGCUCACGUCGUUUGCACCAUCGUACGGUUGGUUCAUCUUCCUGCGCGGCAUGGUGGGCUGCGGCGUGGCAGGAGUGUCACAGGGAUUUGUACUGAAGACAGAGUUCAUCCCAGCGAAGUACCGAGCCAUCUUGCUGCCACUGGCCACUAUAUUCUGGAUGAUGGGCUCCAUGCUGAUAAUCAUUCUGGGUAUGCUGGUGGUUCCAACACUGGGCUGGAGGUGGAUGAUCCGGAUCUCUGUCACGCCCAGUAUCAUCCUCAUCUUCCUCUUUAAGUUUAUUCCCGAGUCGGCUCGUUACAACGUGUCAGCAGGAAAGACUGAGGCUGCCAUGAAAACGCUGCACUGGAUCGCCAAAAUGAACCGAGCAUCUCUUCCUCCAGGACGACUCGUGGAGCCCAUUACGAACGAAAGAGGCAGCUGGAGAAUUCUGCUCGGUCCAUCAUUCAGGAGGACAUCUUUACUGCUCUGGUACUCAUGGACCAACUUUCAGUUUUUCACUCUCAGGUUUGUGGCAUCGUUUACAUACUACGGCUCAGUGCUGAGCAGUUCGGAGCUGUUGGAGAAGAACCUGCUGUGCGUGACGAACGCCGACAAAGAACAUCAGGUCAAACAUCGUCAUGCGGAUGGACUGUGUUACUGCAUCCCCUUUGGCUACAGCGACUACCAGACUCUGCUCAUCAGCUGCCUGGGAGAGGUCGCAUUGGUCCCAGCCAACAUCGCUCUGCUCAAUGUGUUUGGACGGAAGAUGAGUCUGACCGUGCUGCAGCUGUUAGCAGCUUUUUUCUUUAUGAUGCUCAACAUCUGCUCCACCAUGUUUGGCUUCACGGUGCUGCUGUUUCUGCUCCGGUCGCUGGUCUCCAUGAACUUUAAUGUGGUUUACAUUUACACAGCGGAGGUGUACCCUACAGUGGCACGCUCUUUGGGGAUGGGCUUCUGCACGUCAUUCAGUCGGAUUGGAGGAAUGAUUGCGCCGUUCAUCGCUCAGGUGCUGAUGUCUCAGUCGGUGAUUCUGGCUCUCAGUCCGUUCGCUGUGGCCUGUGUGGUCUGUGCUUUAGGAAACUUCCUGCUGCCAAUAGAAACUAAAGGGCGAGCUUUGCUGCAAAACUCCUGAUGCUGUCUCUGAAAAAACUGCUGCCAUUUGUCAUUUUAUUCUGGUUACAUGAUAUUAAAUGUGUUACUGAGCUCAGGUGUUGCUGUUCCUUCAUUAACAGCUCAAAGUGAGUUAUUUGUUGGUUAGGAUGUCAGUGAUCAUGGUGAGACUGAAGGAAACCUAAAACUUCCUGUUUGUAGGAAUGUAUCAUCUCCCACCUCCUCCUGAUGGUAUCACAUUGUUGUUAUUAUUAUUAUUAUUAUUAUUAUCAUUAUUGCGGGCUUUUGUAUGCAAGGAAUUAUGAAUAUAUUUUAUACAGAUAUCCAGGAGUAUGUUAGUAGUACAGUAGAAUCUAAGAGGAACUCU